UUAUGGUUUAGGGUUUGGUGACUGAAAACCUGCUUGUGGUAGUUUCUGUGCCUGUGGAGCACUGCAUCUGUUCAUCUAGUGGUGUCCAAAGCUCACCAGUGGACUUUGAGCUUUGUGUGAACUUGAAACCUGGGUUCUGACAGUACUACAUGGGGUCCUAUGCUAACAGAGGCAAAUAGAACCUCUUCACAUCAAGACAUCAGAAAUAUAGCAUCAGAGAAGGUUAUGUUUUAUUGGUAAGUUUUGUGCUGCUGCUCCCAUAGCCUGCUCAGGAUCUGCUUGCUGCUUUCUUCCAGCAGAAUUAAGCCAAUCGGAGAGGUUAUUGCCCUCAGCUUGCCUCAGCUGAUGGUUACUGGAAUGAAAUGGCAGUUUUCCUAUGGAAAAACUUAUUUCAGACUACAAAGGGAAGGAUACUACAGCAGAGAAGGGCAUCACUGUAUAAUGGUGCCCAUGACUAUGACGAAGAAUUGAUAAAGAAGAAACUUCAGCAGUUUGCUGGUGGAUCCGUCAACCUUUCCAAAGAACAUAGUGGCAUUGGAAUACUUACCUUGAACAACUCCCGGCUAAUGAAUGCCUUCACAGGUACUAUGAUGCUAGAACUCCAGGAGAGAGUAACUGAACUGGAAAAUUGGAAGGAUGGCAAAGGCCUUAUCAUCUGUGGUGCAGGAAACACUUUUUGUUCAGGAUCUGAUUUGAAUGCUGUCAAAGCAAUAUCCAAUUCCCAGGAUGGGAUGAAUAUGUGCAUGUUUAUGCAAAAUACCUUAACCAGACUCAUGAGGUUGCCAUUGAUCAGCAUUGCGUUAGUCCAAGGAAAAGCUCUUGGAGGAGGAGCAGAACUUACCACAGCAUGUGAUUUCAGGUUUUGGCAGCCUGUUAAGAGUAGCUGAAAUCUGCUUCAUGGGCAAGACCGAAGUCCUAUGUGAAGAUGGAAACUACUCAAAAUAAUUGUGUGAUAAUUGAGCUUGCAGUGUGGCUGGGACCCACUGAACUGACACCAGGGCAACAGAAAUAGGUCAUAGCUGGGAGUUAGGAGAAGAAGAGAGUCUUAGUAGGAUGGGCAUCAGUACUUAUAGCAAGAGAAGGAAAAUGCGGUGGAACCCAUGGUAUGUACUAUCCAGCUGUAUUACAGCUGUAGGGAGGGGAAAGGGAUCCAGGCACCACAUUAUGAAUAAAGGGCCUUCAGUCCCACAUUGUUGUUCUGGUGAUUUGUGGUAGGUUAUCAGAAUUCAUACCAUACACUUCAGUGAAGUUACAAUCCCUGGAAUAGCUAUCUGUUUUGUUUUCUCUCUUCCAUAUUCUUUUAUAACAUGCUGUGAGCCUUGCACACUUUCAUAAAUCUUUUCAAAGUCUCCUGCUGCUUUCUUGGUCUUCCAGGCUACCUUGAGUGCUAAGGCAUGAGAGCGAGGAUGAGGGACCAGUUCCACAUCUUGUACAACUUUUCCAUCACAUUGCAACCUAUAACAGAGCCACACGAUAUCUGCAUGUAAGAUGUGAUGGUAGGCAGCAUGACCUGCUGUGCCAGAGCUGAGCAGCCUGGCCAGCCUCUGCUUGUGCCCCAGCACUUCUGGGGUAUGUGAACCACAUCUGAGCCUGGGAAAUGGAUUGAUUCCUUUGAAGUUAGGCAAAAUAAUUUUCCUUCCUGUCAGCUUUCUGAAAAAUGACAGGAGAAAAAAGAAAAAGAAAAAAAAAAACCCUACUUUUUUGCUUCCUUUAAUUCUGCUUUUGGAGUUUUAAUCAGUUAUGCUUUUUGGGUGCCUAUUUCUUGCCCUGUGAUCUGUCAUCUAAUUCGAUUUUUCAUUCCUGUUACAGAAAAAAAGACUCUGUAAUUUCCAAUAUUGAACUUCAUUUAUACCUUUUAGAACAAAUAUAAUUUUUUAUAGCAUGCUCUUCUCUGUGAAGCCACAGGCAAGAAAAUGUCAGCCUGAGGUAAAAAAUAAAAAAUAAAGAUGGAUCUAAAACCCUUAAUUCACAGCCACCGGCUGAACCUUCAUCCUUAACUGACUUUUGGGAGAUUCUAUGUCAGAAGACGAUUAGAAGAGCCAUCAGCAUGGAUUGCAGCAGAUAUUACAGUGGACAUCACUGAGAAGACUUCUGAGUGGCCCUAUCUACAUUUCCUCGAUAAGGCUGAUUCCUUGGGGGGUAUUUGCAACAACUUCUCUCCUUGCUUUUUUUUUUCCUUCCAUAAUCUCUUUCUAAUCAGCAGUCUUUCUGGCUCUGUUUUACCCUCUCACCUCUGAUCAGUGAACUGUUUGAGAAAUAAAACUUUUUUCCAUGCUCCAGUCAUUCUUAUGCAGUUAUGUUCUGGUUUUGGUCUGCUUUAAAUCCUGUUAUUCAGUAGACCUUUUUCUAGUAACAGUAUUGCUUUUGUGCUUCUUCCUUCUGAAACUAGUGAUCUCUUUGAGUUGAGUCUGUAGCUUUUGGAGGCUCACCUUCCAUUGAGUGCUUCAAAGUUUGGGCAAUAGGUGGUGGAAUUACCCGGAUUGUUUUACUUGACUCUGAGUUGAUGUGAGAAAGCAUGAUAGGAUUCUGGUUAAAAACAGUUAAGAUUCCCCAUAAAUGUGCUUCUCAUUGUUAAGGUCUAUCAGCUCUGGGAAUUGGACCCAGGUUCCCUAGCCAAAUCAGAAGUGUUACCUCUUGCUCAAGAUAACACAUGAGGAGUCUAUUGCUGGGUCCAGUUUUUGACCUUAAUUCUUAGAAUUCUGAAAGAUGCAUUGGAAAAGUCUGACUGGAGGGCAGCAACAAAGUUAAAGGCAAUGCAUGCUGGUGAAAUGUGAGAUAUUUUCUCUUAGGCUACUUUAUGUGAACAUUGAGCAGGGGGAAGCGGAUGCACUAAGCAUGUUACAAAAUAAUUCAGUAACUAUAAAUAACAUUCUGUAUAAUCUGUAAGGCAGUUUGAAAAGAGCUGUAAGAAAAGUGAGUUCUCUUGCUGGUGAGAUUUGUUAUGCUGUCCUUAAGCCUACUCCUUUGACACUGAGUUUUAGAAAGUAUGUAGAACUCUCUGUGCUUGGGAGAAUCUUUUUUAUUUUGGUUCUUGAAUAUAAUUUUAAUGUAUUUAAAUCUCAAGUAAAGAAGAGGUGUUUGUGAU